AAUCAAUUUACGUAAAGUGGGGUUACCCACACAGCACUAGUUUCUUCCACGCACUCAAGUCCGCAAACUGUGAGCCGCAUCGUGCAAAGCUGGCCGGUGUAGCGCGGCCCUGGCCAGGAUGUUUUUCAAUUCGAAAAACUCAUCCGACUCGCGGUCCUCCAGCGGCAAAUGGGAUCCCGAAUUCUCUUUAGAGUCUGUGCGCAAAUCAAAACGCCGACCGACCCUCUCCGCCCCCUUCGGCUCUGCGUCUCUGACCCUCCCCGGGUCUCUGCCAGUAUCCAAUACCGACCCUAUUUCAAUUGCACCGAAAAUCUGCUACGCCGAGGAACGCGCAGGGGGUUUGCGAUGGUCGGCUUUCCGCAGCUACGUCAAGCGCACCCUGGCCGCGCCCGCCGAAGCCUCCAGCACGCUCGUCUCCGAGACCGAGCUCUCCCGCGUCAUUUCCGUCCCUUGGAAAAGCAAUCUCGCGGAUGCCGAUGUCGAGGGAAAGGACGAGGUAGACGAGGUGAUCGUCGACCGGAAUUGGGCGGAUUGCUCUGAAUCGGAGUCAAUCCUGGAUACGGGAGACGCUGCGAGCAGCCGAAAGGAUGCCUCUGUUGGGGAUGUAGAGGCGCAGCGGGACCCUGAAAGUGCUGCUACGGCGCCAUCGAUGCUGGUUCGGCUUUUGUCCCGGUUCAAGCAGUUUUACAUGCCGCGGUUCAGCGACGCGGAGGAGGAGCGUGUUUAUCAGCGUGAGAUGUGGGGGCAGUCUAAGCGGGCGUCUCUGUGGGCUUCGGUGUUCUUUAUUGCCAGUGCCGUGUCGGCCGUUGUGCACAUCGAGAGUCCGGUCGUCCUGUCCGACAAGAUAUUUUACUAUGGAAUCGGCCCCGCCAUGUCGGUCCCCAUCAUCUUCUUUUGCGCGUACGAUUUUCCGUACAACCGUUCGUUUUUCUUCCAAGUGUUUCUUGCUGUUUCCAUCUGGAUCUGGCCGAUCUAUGAAACAUUAUACGCCUACCUGUGUGGCGCGUAUACCCAGGGCGUGACCGACCCGGAUAGCCACGCUUUCAUAUGCGGCAGCAAAAACUUUUUGUCGACGUUUUACUACACAUCGGCGCUCCAAGCUGCCGCCCUCUUUGGCACGAACUUGAAACGUUUGCCCGCCAGCAUCGGAGCAUUGCUUUUUUUGGUAACGUCAGUUGCGCAGCCUUAUCCUGUGCAUUGGUGGUCCCGAUUCAGCGCGAAUAUCUCCGCAGUGCGUGGUGUCGCGCCCAUCCGUGGAUCAACUGAAGCUGCUGCAGAUGUCUUCAAUUUCCUUAUCUUCGAGUUUAUUUUGCUUUAUAUGCAUUACCAGAAAGAGCAGUCUUCGCGGCGACUGUUCCGGCUGCGGAUGCAACUGGAAUCGCAGUUCGAGCAGACGAGAAAAGCGCAAUUGAACGAACGACAAGCGUCGAGCUCGAAGCGCCGACUGACAUCGUAUGUCUUCCAUGAUAAGUUUUUGACCACAGGUCCGAGUUCCGCUGAACACGGCUUGUGCGUUCGUCUCUGGUGCUGUUACGUAAACUCACGGGCCGUUUCAGUGUUGGCGGUGCAGAACAUGGCUGGACGCCCGAUCGCUCAGGACCAGGAACUUGAGUUUACGGCUCUUGAGGGUAGUCUCAGCAUGAUGUCGAAAGUUUUGAACGAUGUGCUGGAUUUCAAUCGCAUGGAAAGUGGACGAUUAGAGUCUCUGUCUCGACCCUAUGCAUUUCACAAGGUCCUGCGUUCGCUAUUUAUACCAUUAAAACUCGCUACCGACGCAAGGAACCUGGAGCUUGUGACCGAUCUCGACAUGCGCAUUGAUGAGGUCGCUCGACGAGCUGCUUACUUGCACAUGGAUGUGCCGCCAGCGCAGAUUGCUGAACAUCUGCAACAGCAGCCGAGUGGUCCUGACGCCGUCGGAGUUGUGGUUGGAGACGAAAGUCGACUGCGACAGAUCGUUACGAAUCUCGCUAGCAAUGCAUGCAAGUUCACGCCAUCAGGAGGCACGUUGACGAUCAGAACCCGGCUUGUUAUUCCCGCCUUUCCCAACCUGCCAUCCUCGUCAUCCCCGACGGGAUCUUCGACGGCGUCUGCUGUGACAUUGCAGAACGAGGCAGCUGCAGCUGCACCCCCUGAGCGGAUCGUUGUGCGCAUCGAAGUGUCGGACACGGGCAGUGGGAUCCCACCGCAGGACAUGGUUGCCUGCAAGUUAUUCUCUGCCUUCAAUCAGACUGAGCAAGGUCGCCAGCAAGGAGGCAAAGGGACCGGCCUCGGUCUUGCGCUUGUCCGCCAGAUCGUCAAGCUCAGCGGAGGACGACUCGGUCUGCAGUCCAAAGUCGGUGUUGGCAGCACAUUCUGGGUCGAACUUCCUCUUGGCGUUGGGUCGCAAGCGAUGGCUAUGGCGCCAGAGACGCCUUCGAGUGUUGCUGAUUCGCCACCGGUGUUUACCGCCAUCAGUGCCGCUGAGGCCAUCGAUGCUGCCACGCGACUUGCUUCUCAGACGCCGAUGAUCUCGUCCCGGUCUUCGUCAGCGCUGCAUGGGUUGAUGGACCAAGGCGAGUCGACUUCCCACUCCCCAGUUCCCACUCGGACGAUCGGGGAUACGCUCACCACGGUCACGGAUUAUUCUGUUCCGUCCUCGCCGUCGUACACGGGACCCCUCGCGCUGGAUGACGAGAGCCGCCCGGCAGACAAGGAGGCCGAGCCAGCGUCGAAGCCACCACCACCGCCCCAGCGGCGCCCGACGCACGUCAAACUUCCCAGUACAGGUCUCGGCGGACUGAGCGCCGGGAAGGACCCAUCUGCGCUGACCGGGCUGCCGGGACUGAGCGCGCGGACGCCGCCAGCGGGGCUGAACGUCUUGGUAGUGGAUGACGACGGGAUGACUCGCGCGAUGAUGUCGCGCUUGCUGGAGCGCCUGGGCUGUAUCGUCGUCACCGCCGAGAACGGCGAAGUCGCUCUGGGCCGCAUUUUGAGUGCCGAUGCGCCGGCCGAGAACGCCGAGACCCGGUUCGCUGUGGUGUUCUUGGACAAUCAAAUGCCCAAAAUGUCGGGUGUGAAGCUGGUCUCGCAUCUGCGAUCGUUGGGACGAUCCGAUUUUGUGGUUGGAGUCACAGGCAACGCUCUCUUGACUGACCAGCAGGAAUAUCUGGAGGCUGGCGCAGAUCAUGUACUCACCAAACCUGUCCGAGAGGCCAGUCUGAAGGAGAUGCUGGCACUCGCCGAUGCGCGACGCCGAGCAGGCGGCGAUCGCAUUUCAUAGCGCUGGGCGCAGCUCAAGACGGCGAUUCUUUGAGCUGCAGAGGGGGCAGGGGGAGGCGACGAACUUUGAUAACAUCAUCUAUCUCUAGGGUCUGCUAAUCAUCUGUACCAAUUUGCAUCAGUAUGCAUGUAGCUGUCAUAUCGUACUGCGCCGGCCGAAACUCGACCUGUGCUUCGGGUGACGGGGAUGCAGCUUGCUGUGAAGCUCGGCGGCGGUCUGCCGUCGCGCUCGCGUGGAUCAAACGACAGAACUGUGCGGUUGUUUGAGAGACACACUUGUUGAUGGAGAGUGGAAGAGCGAACGAUAUUGCCGGCGGGCGGCCGAGAUCGGACUGUGGUCUCCAAUAAUAGUCCCUCCCAAGAUCAUGACGUCCGCGUCAGACCCAUCUAUAUAUAGCAGCAAGACACAAUCAGGCCAGGCGCUCGAGUACAGCCAUCUUCUCGGACAAUCUCAUCGACUGGUGGGGGGUGGUGCCUUUUCGACGACACACGGCCGAACCUCGUCGAGGCACAUGACACUUGUCACUCUUCUCCCAACUCAGUCGUUCUGAUCCUGCGCUGUCGUUCGUUCCCAUGGGGCAACGCGUAAUCCCCGCCGUCACAAAGCUUCCCCCUGCUUCCCCCCUGCGAUAAUAAAAGGGCAGCCGGGAUCUGGGAUCGGACGCACCCCGCACCCCUCGCCACGCCCCGCUAUGCUUGCAAUCAUCGCGCACCUGUUGGCCGCCGGGAUCUUGUGUUUGUCUGUGGCUGGGCACGCGUCUAAGCCGGGGCCCGAUCCGUGCCUCGAGCAGCAGGCCGAGCAGCUAUUGAGCGAUCGGCUGUGGCAGACGAAUCUGCGCGGUCCGCGGUGGACGGGGAACGACAACCACAACACGCUCGUCGCGCUGGUCUCGUCGUCGAUGACGCGGGCGGGACUGCAAGUGGACAUGCUCAACUACACGCUGUAUCGCUGGGAUCCGCGCUGGUGGUCUCUGAGCCUGAAGCUGAAGAACGGGCAGACGCUGGGCCUGCCGACGACGGGAUACUGGCCGUACUCAGGCGACUCGGGGAUCGAGGGUGUGACGGGGCCGCUGCACGACGUGGGCUCGUUCGCGCUCUUCGCGAACCAGUCCGCGGACGUCGCGAGCCUCGACUUUAGCGGCCUGCCGCAGGGGAGCGUCGUGUACUUUGACAACCCGAGUCCGACGCGUAACUACUCCGAGCCCGGGUACGGUGUCCUCGGGUCCUCGGUCCCGACGAAGAAUAUCCCAGAGCUGGGCAACCUGAGGAACCCGCACUGGCAGUCCGCGAAGACGCUCAAUUUCACGGCGGUCAAAGCGCAGGGCGUCGCGGCCGUGAUCACGUCCUGGGUGAACAUCUCCGACGCGAACGGCGCGCUGCAGUUUCUGCCCAACGCGGGCGCCCCCGGCGACGGCGCGCUCUACGACGUCCCGGCGCUCUUUGUGGGCGAGGCGACGGGGGCGCGGAUCCGGACGCUGUUGGCGCAGGGCCAGGUCGAGUCGGCGACGGUGGUCCUCGACGCUCCCAGCUUGAAUGCGCCGACGCAGACCGUCAUCGCGCAUCUCGCGGGCACAGCUGGAACGAACGACACGCUGAUUCUAUACACUCACAGCGAUGGGCCCUCGAUCAUCGAAGAGAACGGCCCGAUCCUUCUACUGGCCAUCGCCGAGUACUUUGCCGCGCACCCGCUGCAUAUCAACAUCGAUUUCGUCAUCACCACGGGCCACAUGUCGGGUGGGCACCUGAACGAGUCGGCGUGGAUGGGCGAGCGGCCGGACCUCCUGCAGAACGCCAAGGCCGCCAUCGUGUGUGAGCAUUUCGGCGCACUCGAGUGGAAGGACAACUUUGCGCAUGGCACGCCGGUCUAUGAGCCCACGGGCAAACACGAACCGAUGUGGACCAUGGUCAACUCGUCGAGUGCCAGUGAAUCGAUGCAUCAGCAAUAUCUCAGCGCGUUCAAAGGCACCCCGGACUCGCUGAGGAUGGCGAUGGUGGCCCCGCAGGUCGUAGACGGCGUCCGCUCGUUCUGGUACGGCGCAGGAGGCAGCAGCGUGCUGGGGUACUCGAACAUCCCCACCGUCGGUAUCAUUCCGCAGCCAGACUAUCUCUGGGCGCAGAUGGUCGACGGCGGAUGGAGCAGACUCGAUGUGAAAAUGGCGGUCACUCAGAUCAACGUAAUCCUGAGAGUCAUCGCGGGGCUCGAUGCCAAGUUUGUUGCGAAGGAGCUUUGAGUAUAUUUUGUCUAAUUGAAUGAUUUUCAUAAUCUCGUUCGGUUUCUCUUUCGGAAUCGACUUUGAGAAGGUCACCGUCAAAGCAUUAUCCCGAAUUCGAGGCUUCAGUCGAAGAACAGAGACGGGGUUCGAGGUGCUCCCCAACUUGGUCCUCACGUCUGCGUCUCCUGGGACUACAUGGAUCACAUGAUCGCGUUAACAGGGAUCCCGUGACCUCGUAUUCAAUUUCACUGUGGCCUGAUAGUACUUACUUACUACCAACUCAUAUCUGGUCUUCAUGCGCCCAGAAAAGCCCAG